AUGACCACCAGCAAACCGUACAGCCGCGUCCGAACGCCCUGCGAGCGCUGCAGUAACCUCCGUACCAAGUGCACGGGCAACAUAGACGACGAGGGCCCCUACGACCGCUGCGUCAACGCCGGCACAAACUGCGUAUGGCAGCCGGCCUCCGCCUCCAGAUCCUACCCGGGCGCCUCCGCCUCCGCCUCCCAUAUCCAUAGGCAUUCGCCCUGCCCCCGUGGUCACUCGCUCGCCGCCGCUCAGCCUCUUAUCGAGUAUCUGUGGCAGAGCGAGCCGCGGAUGACAACAUCCUUAUUUCGGGAAUUUGAGGGCGAAGAAGAGCUGCCGGCCAGUUGCGGCCCAGCCCACGCACUCAACGGACGGAGGUGCGUGUCACCGCGGGUUAACAGGAACACAGCGGCCGUAAGUGGAGAGGGCAUCGCACUAGGCGAUGAGGGUAUCACACUGUUAGGCGGCGAGGGCAUCGCGCUGCUCGAUCCAUUCUUCAGCGCCGAAAGCUCGGCACUGCAAGUCGGCUUGGAUCAGCUUUCCUGCACUUCUUCCUCCUGCAUCAAUGCUUCCUACCGAUUGGUCUCCGCCUUCUCGUCGUCCACCGCCUACUCGUCAUCCCCAUACCUUCCGUCCUCCCCAACAAUUCCACCCUUCCUUCCAGCCCCGCACGCACCGCAUGAACCCCAACAUCUACAAGCCCCCAACCUCGCUCUCGGUCUCGCGGAUCCCUUCAUUGCCCCCACGACAGGCACCACAGGCACCACUAGCGCUACAACCGCCGCCGUCGCUGCUACUACCCUACUUCAAGCUACUACAGGCGCCGCCUCCAGCAUUAGUAUCAGCGUUCCCGAAUCACGCCCCGGCGUCACAGCCCCGCAGCCCGAGCUCCAACUACUGGGCCUUCCAGGCCUUUCAGGCCUAAUUUCCACCAACGAUGUGAACAUUUUCGACUUGAUAGAGGACUGGCUCUCGACAGAGGGGUGGAAGCAGGAGGGUGUUUAG